UUUUUUUUUUUUGAAUAGAUGCCAAACAUGAAAGAUGUUAUUACUGCAGUCGAUUUUCUUGAUGAACAACAACAAUUAGAACGCGAUGCUCAAGAAACCUUACCUGGAAAGUUUGAAAAGUGUACAUUUGAUUUGGGUUAUAUACGACAACCUCUUUUUGCCUGCAAAACAUGUUCAGCCCAUAGUAAUGACAACGACGACAAUGACGCGAAAGAUCUAGUAACAAAAACGACUACAAGGUCAGAUACAUUUACCCAAGUAGGUGGUAUGUGUUAUAGUUGCUCCAUUGCUUGCCACGCGGAUCAUGAUCUAUAUGAAUUAUUCCCAAAACGACACUUUCGAUGUGAUUGUGGUGUGAACAACAAGUUUGGUCAACAUGCAUGUGAACUCUCUUCUCCAACCAAAAAUGAAUCUGUCAACGACGAAAAUCAAUAUAAUCAUAAUUUUGUUGGUCGCUAUUGCAGGUGUGAUCAAUUAUAUGAUCCUUCAGUGGAGGAAGAAACUAUGUAUCAAUGUGCUCUAUGUGAAGAUUGGUUUCAUGAACGAUGUAUUGGAAACAUUCCAGAAGACAUUGAAGAUUUUGAAAGCUAUAUUUGUCGUGAAUGUGUCACCAAGCACCCAUUUCUUGCCAACGUGGAUCGAAGAUUCAGUAUUGGAGUAUGUACUCCUGAUAAGCCUGUUCAUCGAUGGAUCCGACCGACAACUACUGUUUCAGCAACUCCUCAAAGUAAAAAUGAUCAAAACACGAAUAAACUUAUCAACACCAAUGAUUCAACAAAUAGCGAUGCAUCUCUGGAGACUACCGAUAUCUUAACAAGUAGCAACACCAUCAAACGGAAUUGGAAUGAUGCAUUUGAUCAACAAAUAACACCAGAAGAUGAUAAUCAAGUGGAUAUAAAGAAACCGAAAUGUGAUGAUUGCAAAAAUGUGUGUGAUAUAUUGACAGGUGACGAAAUGAUGGAACUUUUCCUGGCAGAUGGAUGGCGUGAAGGAUUAUGCCACUGUCCAAAGUGUAGCGAACGAUACAAGCAAGAUAAGAUUGAAUUUAUCUUAAAAGAAGAAAAGACGUUUGAACCAGAAGAUGAUGAAGAUGCAGGCAAAUCAUUAUUACAAAUUGGUAUGGAACAACUAGGACGAAUGAAUCGGGUGGAAGCAUUGGAUGGAUUGCGACUCUAUCAAAACCUUUCGGAUCAACUCAUGCCUUUCCUUCGACGAUUUCAAGAAUCAGGUCAAGUAGUGACUGAACAGGAUAUACGGAACUUUUUUGAUGAAAAAAGACGGGAGCGUGAAGAAGAAAGGAUACGACAAUUGACUAGAUAGAUCUAUUGUUGUUAUAUAUAUAUAUAUAUAUUUAUUAUCUAUUAUUAUUGUUUUUAUACACUUUGUACAAAUAAAUGCUAUUAAAGUAAAUGAUGAUUGAUGGUUG